UCCAAACAGGGCAAUUGCCGAACUUUUCUCCCUUUUCUCACAAAGCUGCGGUUCAAUAUUCCACUCUGGAAUCCUGUCUCUAAUCCUGACUCCGGGCUCCUCGACGCCAAGGCGCUCCAACUCACUCAAGCCCCAGCUGGACUGCACACCAGAACUUGGACUGGAUCCAGGUCUCGGACCUUCUGCUUACUGUGGGUCAACACGCUGACCACUGAGUCAAAAAGUAAGCAGUAAGACAGAGACAGUAACGGUUGGAGGAAUAGCCAGACUGUCCAAUGGGAUCAGAGAAGCUGGCUCAAGUGCUGCUGGGUUGGGCAGUGGUGUGUCUCGCUGCGGUCCAGGUUGCGUGUGGGUCAGACUGGAAAUGGAGCGUAACCAAGCUAGCCGCUUCACAGGUGCUGUGGACCAGAGAGAGGUGCAGCGGGUUCGGCGCCGAGGCCAGGAGACCCUGAGAGGACCAAAUGUAUGUGGCUCUCGCUUCCAUUCAUACUGCUGUCCAGGCUGGAAGACCCUGCCGGGGGGAAACCAGUGCAUUGUCCCUAUUUGCAGGAAUUCAUGUGGCGAUGGCUUCUGCUCCAGACCCAACAUGUGUACCUGUUCAAAUGGCCAGCUCUCUCCCAGCUGUGGAGCAACAGCAGGAGUUCAAUCCUGUAACAUCAGGUGCAUGAAUGGAGGCACCUGCACGGAAGACUCGUGCUCCUGCCCGAAGGGCUACACAGGCAGCCACUGUGGACAGCCUGUGUGUGAAAACGGCUGCCAAAACGGUGGGCGGUGCAUUGGGCACAACAGAUGUGCAUGUGUCUACGGUUUCACUGGCCCGCAGUGCGAGAGAGACUACAGGACUGGGCCAUGUUUCACCCAGGUGAGCAACCAGAUGUGUCAAGGACAAAUCACCGGGAUUGUCUGCACCAAGACCCUGUGCUGUGCUACCAUUGGUCGAGCCUGGGGCCACCCCUGUGAGCAGUGCCCCGCCCAGCCACACCCCUGCAGGCGAGGGUUCAUCCCCAACAUCCGCAAUGGAGCUUGUCAAGAUGUGGACGAGUGCCAAGCAGUGCCUGGUCUGUGUGCUGGAGGUAACUGCAUCAACACAGUGGGAUCCUAUGAGUGUAAAUGUCCGGCGGGCCACCGGCAGAGUGAGAACAACCACAAAUGUGAAGAUAUUGAUGAAUGCAGCACGAUCCCCAACAUGUGUGACGGAGGAGAGUGCACCAACACUGCUGGGAGCUACGUCUGCACCUGCCCACGAGGCUACAUCUCCAGCACAGAUGGCUCCAGAUGUGUGGACCAGCGUGUGGGCACGUGUUUCUCUGCUCUGGCUAAUGGACGCUGCGCUGGAGAACUCAGUGGCCAAUACACAAAGAUGCAGUGUUGCUGCGACACAGGCCGCUGCUGGGCUCUGGGUCAGCUUCCUGAGAUGUGCCCUGUCAGAGGGUCCGAUGAGUUCAGGCGUCUUUGUAUUGUGGGUGUUCCUCAGAGACAUGAGCUCCCUUACAGCUUCCCCAACGGCAAUGGAAAUGGGCUCAAUUACUACAAGUUCCCCAGUGUACCUAAUGGAAAUGGUAACGGAGGUGGAAUUAGUAGCAAUGGAGGCGGGGGGAUUGGUGGAGGAGGAGGGAAUGGAGGAGGACUUCUGCCCAACCCAAACAUUGGCACAUUCACAAUGAAUGAAACCUUCGACGUGUGCAAACACUUUACCAAACUGUGUCUCAAUGGACGCUGCAUUCCUACACACACAAGCUACCGCUGUGAAUGCAAUAUGGGUUACAGGCAGGAUGUGCGUGGUGAAUGCAUUGAUGUGGAUGAGUGUGUGAGUAACCCAUGUAUCAAUGGAGAUUGUGUCAACACACCUGGAUCAUACCACUGCAAGUGUCAUGAGGGCUACCAGGGAACCCCCACCAAACAAGCAUGCAUUGACAUUGAUGAGUGUAUUGUAAAUGGAGUGAUGUGUCGCAACGGCCGCUGUGUCAACACAGACGGAAGCUUUCAGUGUAUCUGCAAUGCAGGUUUUGAGCUCACCUCUGAUGGAAAGAACUGCAUUGAUCACGACGAAUGUGCCACAACUAACAUGUGUCUCAAUGGCAUGUGUAUCAAUGAGGAUGGCAGCUUUAAGUGUAUCUGCAAGCCCGGCUUUGCCUUAGCACCUAAUGGACGCUACUGCACUGACAUUGAUGAGUGCCUGACACCUGGUAUUUGUAUGAAUGGCCGCUGCAUCAACUCUGAGGGUUCCUUCCGCUGUGAGUGCCCGCCAGGCCUGGCAAUCGAUGUAGACGGCAGAGUUUGCGUGGACACACACAUGAGGACCACAUGCUACGGUGACAUAAAAAUGGGCACCUGCUCUCGGCCGUUCCCCGGUGCAGUGACCAAGUCAGAGUGUUGUUGCGCAAAUCCCGAGCAUGGCUUUGGAGAGCCUUGUCAGCCCUGCCCCUCCAGAAACUCAGCUGAGUUCCAAGCUGUAUGUAGCAGUGGGGUUGGAAUCACAGCUGAUGGUAGAGACAUCAAUGAGUGCGCCUUGGACCCAGACAUUUGUCAGAAUGGCAUAUGUGAGAACUUGAGAGGAAGCUACCGCUGCAUCUGUAACAUCGGCUAUGAGUCUGACACAAGCGGAAAAACCUGUGUCGACAUUAACGAGUGCCUCGUGAACCGUCUGCUCUGUGACAACGGCCUGUGUAGAAACACUCCCGGCUCCUACACCUGCUCCUGUCCUAAAGGAUUUGUCUUCAAGCCUGAGUCAGAGACGUGCGAGGAUCUCAACGAGUGCGAGUCCAACCCGUGCAUAAACGGAGUGUGUCGCAACGUGGCCGGGUCCUUCAACUGUGAGUGCACCCACGGCAGCAAGCUGGACUCCACCAACACCAUCUGUGUGGAUAGUAUGAAGAGCACGUGCUGGCUGACGAUGCAGGACAAUCGCUGUGAGGUCAACAUUAACGGAGCCACGCUGAAGUCUGAGUGCUGCUCCACACUUGGAGCUGCCUGGGGAAGCCCCUGUGAAGUCUGCGAGAUUGACACUGCCUGCUCUCGAGGAUUUGCUCGCAUGAAGGGUCUUGCCUGUGAAGACAUUAAUGAGUGUGAGGUGUUCCCUGGAGUGUGUACAAACGGCCGCUGUGUGAACACUCAGGGCUCAUUCCGCUGUGAAUGUGCCGAGGGUCUCACUUUGGACAGUACAGGGCGCACGUGUGUGGACAUGCGCAGUGAGCAGUGCUACAUGAAGUGGCACGAGGAUGAGUGCGGCCAGCCGUUACCAGGGCGAUACCGUGUGGACAUGUGCUGCUGUUCAGUGGGUGCUGCCUGGGGUAUUGACUGUGAGGAGUGUCCCAAACCAGGCUCACCUGAGUACAGAUCCAUCUGCCCCCGAGGGCCCGGCUUUGCCAACAGAGGUGAUAUCCUGACCGGCAGACCCUUCUAUAAAGAUGUGAAUGAGUGUAAGGUGUUCCACAGUCUGUGCACUCAUGGAACUUGCAGGAAUACCAUCGGCAGUUUCAAGUGUCGCUGCAACAGCGGUUUUGCUCUGAAUGCAGAAGAGAGGAACUGCACAGACAUCGACGAGUGCCGUAUUUCUCCAGACCUGUGUGGGCACGGUACCUGUGUCAACACACCAGGCAGCUUCGAGUGUGAAUGUUUUGAGGGCUAUGAGAGCGGCUUCAUGAUGAUGAAGAACUGUAUGGACAUCGAUGAGUGUGAGAGAAACCCGCUGUUGUGUCGUGGAGGAACAUGUCUGAACACAGAAGGCAGUUAUGAGUGUGACUGUCCUCUCGGACACUCACUCAGCACUGACGGAUCUGCCUGCGAGGAUGUGAAUGAGUGCCAGCUGAGUGACAACUUGUGCAAGAACGGCCAGUGUGUCAACAUGGCUGGAACAUACCAGUGCUCCUGUGACACUGGUUACCAGGCCACUCCAGAUCGACAGGGCUGCGUUGAUAUUGACGAAUGCACCAUCAUGAAUGGAGGCUGUGAAACCCACUGCACCAACUCAGAGGGCAGCUAUGAGUGCAGCUGUAGUGAAGGCUAUGCCCUCAUGCCUGACCUGAGGACCUGUUCAGAUAUUGAUGAGUGUGAGGAGACACCAGACAUCUGUGAUGGAGGCCAGUGCACAAACAUUCCUGGAGAAUACCGCUGUCUGUGUUAUGAUGGUUUUAUGGCCUCGAUGGACAUGAGGACCUGCAUUGAUGUGAAUGAGUGUGAUUUGAAUCCAAACAUCUGUCUCCAUGGUGACUGUGAGAACACAAAAGGCUCGUUCAUCUGCCACUGUCAGCUGGGCUAUUUUGUCAAGAAGGGCUCCACGGGCUGCACAGAUGUUGAUGAGUGUGAGAUCGGGGCUCAUAAUUGCGACAUGCACGCUGCCUGCAUUAAUGUCCCCGGAAGCUUUAAGUGUCGCUGUCGAGAUGGCUGGAUUGGAGACGGCAUCAAAUGUGUGGAUGUGGAUGAGUGCUCUGCUGAGGACCACAACUGUAGCCCCAACGCAGAUUGUGUCAACACGCCCGGAUCAUACCGCUGUACAUGCAAAGAAGGCUUCAAUGGAGAUGGAUUUUCCUGCUCUGACAUGGAUGAGUGUGCAGACAAUGUCAACCUCUGUGAGAAUGGCCAGUGUCUGAAUGCUCCAGGUGGUUACCGCUGCGAGUGUGAGAUGGGUUUCACUCCUACAGAAGACAGCAAAGCCUGCCAAGACAUCGAUGAGUGUAAUUUCCAGAACAUCUGCGUCUUUGGAACGUGCCAGAAUCUUCCAGGAAUGUUCCGCUGUGUGUGCGACGAUGGUUACGAACUGGACCGCAGUGGAGGAAACUGUACCGACAUCAACGAGUGUGCUGACCCUGUAAACUGCAUCAACGGACUGUGUGUGAACACUCCAGGGAGCUACCUCUGUAACUGCCCACCUGACUUUGAACUCAACCCCACUGGGGUAGGAUGUGUGGACACCCGUGUUGGCAACUGCUUUCUGGAUAUUCUUGCACGUGGUGAUGGAGGAAUCUCCUGCAGUGCAGAAAUCGGCGUAGGUGUGACGCGAGCUUCCUGUUGCUGCUCCCUGGGAGGAGCCUGGGGAAACCCUUGUGAAAUGUGCCCAACACACAACUCCACGGAAUAUAAGACUCUUUGUCCAGGUGGUGAAGGUUUUAGACCCAACGCCAUCACUGUUAUUUUGGAAGAUAUUGAUGAAUGCCAGGAGUUGCCGGGUCUCUGUCAGGGUGGUAACUGUGUCAACACCUUUGGCAGCUUCCAGUGUGAUUGUCCAGCAGGUUACUAUCUCAAUGAAGAGAUACGCAUCUGUGAGGAUAUUGAUGAAUGCACAACCCAUAUUGGCAUCUGUGGACCUGGAACGUGCUACAACACUCUGGGUAAUUACACCUGUGUCUGCCCCCCUGAGUACAUGCAGGUCAACGGAGGAAACAACUGCAUGGACAUGAGGAAGAGCGUGUGUUACCGUAACUUCAAUGACACGUGUGAGAAUGAGCUGUCAUUCAACAUGACAAAGAAGAUGUGUUGCUGCGCCUACAAUGUGGGAAAAGCUUGGAACAAGCCGUGCGAGCCUUGUCCUACACCUGCUACCUCUGAGUAUCAGUUUCUCUGUGGUAACCAGGCUCCUGGCUUCAUCAUUGACAUCCACACUGGGAAACCAGUUGAUAUUGAUGAAUGUAGGGAGAUUCCUGGUAUCUGCACCAACGGAGUGUGCAUCAACCAGAUCGGGAGCUUUCGAUGUGAAUGUCCCAUGGGCUUCAGCUACAACAACAUCCUGCUCAUCUGUGAAGAUAUUGAUGAGUGUAACAGUGGGGAUAACUUGUGCCAACGCAAUGCCAAAUGUAUCAACAUUCCAGGCAGCUACCGCUGCGAAUGCUCACCAGGCUUCAAACUGUCACCCAAUGGGGCCUGUGUGGACCGCAAUGAGUGCCUUGAGAUUCCUAACGUGUGCAGCCAUGGAGACUGUAUCGACACUCAGGGCAGCUAUCGCUGUCUGUGCCACAACGGCUUCAAGGCUACAGCUGACCUGACCAUGUGCAUGGACAUCGAUGAGUGCGACAGGCAGCCAUGUGGUAACGGUACCUGUAAAAAUACAGUGGGGUCCUACAACUGCCUCUGCUUCCCCGGCUUCGAGCUCACACACAACAAUGACUGCAUGGAUAUAGACGAGUGCACUGCUCUCCAGGGACAAGUGUGCAGAAACGGACAGUGCAUCAAUAGACUCGGUUCCUUCCAGUGUCUCUGCCAUGAGGGUUAUGAAAAUACUCUAGAUGGAAAGAACUGUGUUGACAUCAAUGAGUGUGUGAGCCUGCCCGGUACUUGUUCUCCAGGAACAUGCCAGAAUCUUGAUGGAUCCUUCCGCUGCAUCUGCCCUCCUGGCUAUGAGGUCCAAAACGACCAGUGCAUAGACAUCAACGAAUGUGAGGUGGAGCCGAAUCUCUGCCAGUUUGGCACCUGCACAAACACUCCGGGCAGCUUCCAGUGCACGUGCCAGCCGGGCUUUGUGCUUUCUGAAAACAGACGACGUUGCUACGAUACAAGAGAAAGCUUCUGUUUCACUAAGUUUGAAGCAGGAAAGUGCUCCGUCCCUAAAGCUUUCAACACCACAAAAGCGAAAUGUUGCUGCAGUAAGAUGCCUGGUGAGGGCUGGGGACUUCCCUGUGAGCUGUGCCCACGAGAUACAGACGCUGCUUUCAUCACUCUGUGCCCAUAUGGCCAUGGAGCCCUACCUGGACUGGGGAAUACACGUGAAGAUAUGAAUGAGUGUUUAGACAACCCAGGCAUCUGCAAGAACGGUAUCUGUAUCAACACAGAUGGUUCAUUCCGCUGUGAAUGCCCCUUCGGAUACAACCUAGAUUACACUGGACUCAACUGUGUUGAUACUGAUGAGUGCUCCAUCGGAAACCCAUGUGGAAAUGGAACCUGCACCAAUGUGGUGGGAGGUUUCGAGUGUUCUUGCCAGGAGGGCUUUGAACCUGGCCCCAUGAUGACUUGCGAAGAUAUCAACGAGUGUUCUCAGAACCCUCUGUUGUGUGCUUUCCGCUGUGUGAACACCUUUGGUUCUUAUGAGUGCAUGUGUCCUGGUGGCUACGUGCUGCGGGACGACCAGCGCAUGUGCAGAGACCAGGAUGAGUGUUCAGAGGGUCUGGAUGACUGUGACUCUAAAGGGAUGACUUGUAAGAACCUGAUUGGUACAUUCAUGUGCAUCUGUCCACUUGGCAUGCAGCGCCGACCAGAUGGAGAUGGAUGCAUGGACCUGAACGAGUGUCGUGCCAAGCCCGGCAUCUGUAAGAACGGUCGCUGUGUAAACACAGUUGGAAGCUAUCGCUGCGAGUGCAAUGACGGUUUCGAGCCCAGCUCCACUGAAACAGAGUGUAUCGACAAUCGAAAGGGCUUCUGUUACACAGAGGUUCUGCAGACCAUGUGCCAGCAGUCAUCCACCAACAGAAACAGUGUGACCAAAUCAGAAUGCUGCUGCAACAUAGGCCGGGGCUGGGGUCCUCAGUGUGAACUCUGCCCGCUGCCUGGCACCGUACAGUAUAAGAAGAUGUGUCCACUCGGACCUGGAUUCACAACCGAUGGCACAGACAUCAACGAGUGCCAGGUGACGCCAGAUUUAUGUCGCAAUGGACAGUGCAUCAACACCAUUGGAUCGUUCCGCUGCCAUUGUAAUAUGGGAUACAAAACAGACUUCACCAUCACCUCCUGUGUCGAUCUGGACGAGUGCUCUCUGUCUCCCAAACCUUGUAACUUCCUGUGUAAAAACACAGAGGGUAGCUACCUGUGCUCGUGCCCGAGAGGAUAUAGUCUUCAGCCUGAUGGAAAGACCUGCAAAGAUCUGGAUGAAUGUUCAACCAAGCAACACAACUGCCAGUUCCUCUGUGUGAAUACCAUUGGUGGCUUUACCUGCAAGUGUCCUCCUGGCUUCAUCCAGCAUCAGACUGCCUGCAUUGACAACAAUGAGUGCAUGGGUCAGAGUAGUGUGUGUGGAUCCCGGGCAUCUUGUGUCAACACACCUGGUAGCUUCAACUGUGAAUGCUCCAAAGGGUUCUCCUUAGACAGCACAGGCGUGGAGUGUGAGGACGUGGACGAGUGCAGCAGUAACCACCGCUGUCAGCACGGCUGCCAGAACAUGCUGGGAGGGUACCGCUGUGGCUGUCCUCAGGGCUACGUUCAGCACUACCAGUGGAACCAGUGUGUGGAUGAGAACGAGUGUCAGGGCGGGACUGUGUGUGGCUCCGCCUCCUGCUACAACACACUGGGCAGCUACAAGUGUGUGUGUCCUUCUGGCUUUGACUUUGAGCAGACGGCUGGUGGCUGCCAAGAUGUAAAUGAGUGCAGUAUGGGCAACAAUCCUUGCAUGUACGGCUGCUCCAACACAGAUGGUGGCUACCUAUGCGGGUGUCCGGGAGGUUACUACAGAGCUGGACAGGGUCACUGUAUAACAGGAGCAGGUUUCCCUGGACAGCUUGGGAUGGACAGUGAAGAUGAUGACAGUCUGUCUCCUGAGGCCUGCUAUGAGUGUAAGAUCAAUGGAGGAGGAAAGGGCAGACGACACAGACGCAAUGCCUUGAAAAAUGAGCUCAAGCAGGACUCAACAGUCAGUUUGGCCAGCGUUGACACGCAGGCCUCCAUCCCCAUGAAUGUUUCACUGACCUCGCUGCUCAACAAGGAGCCGCUGCUCGAGCUUCUACCCGCCCUGCAGCCCCUCGAGCACCAUGUACGCUACGUUAUCACUCAUGGCAACACUGAUGAACACUUCUGCCUCCUCGAACGCCGUGAUGGGAAGAGCGUACUGCGACUUGGCAAAAGGCCACCUCCGCCAGGUUCUUAUAGGUUGGAUAUCGCCAGCCUGCCACUGUUUGGGCCUCGAAAACUACGUCAACUAGAGCAGCAGCACGACAAUGACUACCUACUAGGAGAAAUAGGAGACGCCCUGCGCAUCAAGCUGCACAUCCACCUGCACUGAGUUUUCUCAACUGCCCUGGACUGAUUCCUGAAGUUGGAACCCUUGACCUGUAAUCCAGCAGUUUGUCCCCACCGCUCCGAUAGGACCGUCCCCUAAAACUGGGGGUAAUCUCGGGCUUUGAAAGACUGAGACAAUCAGCCCAAAUCUCCUACCACUUUGUUACUGUUUAUCUUUUUUGUAUGCUUUGUGGGGUUUUUUUUUUUUGUUUGUUUGUUUGUUUGUUUUUGUCUUUUUGUACCUUGAUUACACUACCUGUUGCGGCUGCCGACCCAGUGGAGAUGAUGACAGAGAGGUAUCUCUUGCGUGGACCACAGCCUCCCCCAUGCACAAUUAUCACAACAACAGAUGGCCAAAGAGUCCAUGAAGCACUUCUGUUCUAAAGAAAAAAAGCUAAACAAGGAAUUCCACACAAAUUAAAGUGCUGAGAGUGGCCGCAUGUACUGUAGUAUUUAAACUGCAGCAUAGGAAAUGUAAAAUGCUUCAAAUCAAAACUAAAGAUGAGGCUGCUGGUGGUCCAAAGACUGGCUCACCUCUUUGAGAUCUUGAUGAAAUCACAACACUGGGGAUCAAAGCUUGUCACGUCCACCCCUCUCAGUAUUAGAAUGUCAACGUAUGUUUGUUAAUUCAAAAUUUGUAACUCAAAGGACUGCAACAUUUACACAUCAUUUGAGGUGGUCAUUGGUCCGCAGUCAUCUCUCGUAGCUGUUCUCAGAUUAGAAAAACCCAGCUGGUUUCUGCUCUUAUGUGACUGACUGCAUGUGUGUGUUGCCAUGUUUGGUUUUACCUCAGUGCUUUUCACCAUGCUGCAAUGCUGUCUUUAAAGCAAUAGAGGGUGCUGUUAUACCUCAGCAUCCUUCUCAACCAGGGCGCACACUGGCUAAAAAAGGACUUUAGAGAAGGUCGGCCAGGGCAGAUUGUGUGU